UUUUGUUUUAUGGUUUUGAGUUUUUGUGGCAUUUGAUCUCUUUUGAUUUGUGGGGAUCGUGGGAAUGGGAGUUGGGUGAUGGUCUGUUUGGCUCAGUCGGGGAAAUGUUUCUCAGCAUCCAAACUAGGUGUAUUGCCAAAAGUUUCUUGAAUGAUUGGGUGGAAUAUGAUAGAUUUGAUCUCUUUUUUGGGUGUGGGGAUUGGUUUUGUUUUCGUUGCAUGUUUUACAUAUGUUAAUGUUAUUUGUUUAUUUUUUGAAUCUUCAGUUACUCCAAUGGAAAAGAGUAGGUUGGUUUUUCAAAUGCCCUCUGUUUGGUUGCUGAGAAAAUUGAGGAAAGGGGUCAACAUAAAAUUUUGAAAUUUCUGUUUUAUGUUGUUUUGGUCUCCCAAAAGAAAAAAAAAAGACCAACCUUUGACCAGUUGAAGUAGCUGUCUGGAUGAAGAUCUUGUGGGAUACUCGUAGAACACUGGGCACUAGAUCAGUGAACAUGAGGGCCAUGGAGCUUGGGUGUGCAGUUGUAGUUUUAUUUAGCCUUUUGAUUGCUGGAAAUGCAGAGAUUUACAUCGUGACAGUUGUAGGAGAGCCAGUUAUAAGUUACAAGGGUGGUGUACCUGGUUUUGAAGCCACUGCUGUGGAAUCUGAUGAGACAAUUGAUGUUACUAGUGAAUUGGUUACAUCUUACUCUCGUCACCUUGAAAUGAAGCACGACAUGCUCCUAUCUUUGCUGUUUGAGCAUGGGACCUACAAGAAGCUCUACAGCUAUCGGCAUCUUAUUAAUGGCUUUGCAGUUCAUAUAUCCCCUGAACAGGCAGAAGUCCUUAGACAGGCCCCUGGUGUGAAAUCUGUGGAGAGAGAUUGGAAGGUGAGAAGACUUACAACACAUACUCCACAGUUUCUGGGGCUUCCAACUGGUGUAUGGCCGACAGGAGGUGGCUUUGACAGGGCUGGAGAGGACAUUGUGAUAGGAUUUGUGGACUCAGGUAUUUUUCCUCACCAUCCGAGCUUUGCCACCCACAACGUUGAACCAUACGGGCCCAUCCCUAAGUACAGAGGAAAAUGUGAAGUUGAUCCUGACACUAAAAGGAACUUCUGUAAUGGGAAGAUUGUUGGAGCCCAACAUUUUGCAGAAGCUGCAAUAGCAGCUGGUUCAUUUAAUCCUUCAGUUGAUUUUGCUUCUCCUUUGGAUGGUGAUGGGCAUGGAAGUCACACAGCAGCUAUUGCAGCUGGAAAUAAUGGAAUUCCAGUGAGAAUGCAUGGGUAUGAAUUUGGGAAAGCAAGUGGGAUGGCUCCCCGUGCCAGGGUUGCUGUAUACAAGGCACUCUACCGGCUUUUUGGAGGUUUUGUUGCAGAUGUGGUAGCUGCAAUUGAUCAGGCUGUUCAUGAUGGUGUGGACAUUCUCAAUCUCUCUGUGGGGCCAAAUAGUCCUCCAGCAACCACCAAGACCACGUUUUUAAACCCUUUUGAUGCUGCGCUUCUUUCAGCUGUGAAAGCAGGUGUAUUUGUUGCACAGGCGGCUGGAAAUGGGGGCCCUUUUCCCAAGUCCUUGUUGUCUUAUAGUCCGUGGAUUGCAUCUGUAGCUGCAGCAAUCGAUGAUCGUAGAUACAAAAACCAUCUUACUUUGGGAAAUGGGAAAAUGUUACCUGGACUUGGUUUGUCACCUUCUACACAUUUCAAUCGAACAUUCACCCUGGUUGCUGCAAAUGAUGUGCUGCUGGAUUCUUCAGUUGUGAAGUACAGUCCUUCAGACUGCCAAAGACCAGAAGUUCUAAACAAAAACUUGGUUGAAGGGAAUAUUCUUCUUUGUGGCUAUUCCUUCAAUUUUGUUGUUGGUACAGCAUCAAUCAAGAAGGUGUCAGAAACGGCCAAGAGUCUUGGUGCAAUUGGGUUUGUUCUUGCUGUGGAAAAUGUUUCUCCAGGAACAAAGUUUGAUCCUGUUCCUGUCAGUAUUCCUGGGAUUCUCAUCACAGAAGUCAGCAAAUCAAUGGAUCUUAUAGAGUACUAUAAUACAUCCACUUCAAGAGAUUGGACUGGACGAGUGAAGAGCUUUAAAGCUACAGGUAGCAUUGGGGAUGGAUUGACGCCUAUACUCCACAAAUCAGCACCUCAGGUGGCAUUAUUUUCUGCUCGGGGACCCAAUAUAAGAGAUUUCAACUUCCAAGAUGCGGAUCUUCUCAAACCAGAUAUUCUAGCUCCAGGUUCUCUCAUUUGGGCUGCUUGGUCUCCAAAUGGAACGGAUGAGGCCAAUUAUGUUGGAGAAGGGUUUGCAAUGAUCUCUGGAACUAGCAUGGCUGCACCACAUAUAGCUGGAAUAGCUGCCCUAGUAAAGCAGAAACACCCUCAUUGGAGCCCUGCUGCCAUCAAAUCAGCUUUAAUGACGACAUCAACAACGCUGGACAGAGCUGAAAACCCUCUUCGAGCACAGCAGUAUUCUGGAUCAGAAACUGUCACACUUGUCACUGCUACACCUUUUGAUUAUGGGAGUGGCCAUGUUACUCCUAGAGCGGCUCUGGAUCCUGGACUUAUCUUUGAUGCAGCUUAUGAGGACUACAUAGGGUUCUUGUGCACAACACCAGGAAUUGAUGCUCAUGAGAUAAAGAACUACACAAGUUUACCAUGCAAUUACACCAUGGGCCGCCCAUCAAAUCUCAACACCCCAUCAAUCACAAUCUCCCACCUUGUGGGAACUCAAACUGUCACACGCACAGUCACAAAUGUUGCUGGUCUAGAAACCUAUGUGAUCUCGACCAGAAUGGCACCUGCAAUUGCCGUUGAAGCCAACCCCCCAGCAAUGACUCUGAAACCCGGUGCAUCAAGGAAGUUCUCAGUGACACUGACUGCUCGAUCAGUGACUGGAACCUACAGUUUUGGAGAAGUUUUGUUGAAAGGAAGCAGAGGACACAAGGUACGAAUCCCUGUGGUAGCUAUGGCUUAUGAUCGAUAGUUUGGUUUGGUCUAGCCCUUAAAAUUAAAUGUUAUGGUUUUCAUAUUCUUUGUAAUACAUGGUAAUAAGAGAUAUGAAGAUAGUUAUAUUUGUCUUGAGCUCUAUAUAAGUAUAAUUAUAUAUGGAAGAGGUGUAAAGAUAAAGAAGUGAUAUAAGGGAGAAGUGUUAGUUUCUUCCAGUUGUAAGUUUUCCUGAUUUGUUGUAUAAUUUCAGAGGGAAUGCUUCAUAUUCCUCUUUAUUACAUUGUAUGAAGUAAUCUCUGUUACAUGGGUUGUAGUUGAUGGUGGUGCAUGUCAUCUGCAUCUUGUAUACUUUUGACUCUUCUUUUAAUAACUAAUCAGAUUUUUCUGACUCUUUCCAUC